AUGAGCUCAGAAACAAAGUGGGCUCUGAGCUGCGUCUCAGUGUCAGAGUGAGACCUCUGUGCUCUCAGCCCAUCUUCGCCGCUGCUAGCCUGCUAGCUAGCAGCUCUCCGGGAACAUGGCGGCGUCGCAGGCUCUGUCCGAGGAGGAGUUCCACCGGAUGCAGGCUCAGCUGCUGGAGCUGCGGACUCAGAACUACCAGCUGUCUGAUGACCUCAGGAAGAACUCUGCAGAGCUGAACGCCGUCCGCCUGAAGCUCGGCGUUCUGGAGAGAGACCUAGUCAAAGCUCAGAAGGCUUUAAACAAGAGUAAAAAGGCUCAGGAGGUGGAGGCUCUGCUGAGUGAGAACGAGAUGCUGCAGGGGAAGCUGCACAGCCAGGAGGACGACUUCCGGCUGCAGAACAGCACGCUGAUGGGCGAGCUGUCCAAGCUCUGCACGCAGAUCGAGCAGCUGGAGACGGAGAACCGGCGCCUGCAAGAGGGGGGCGGAGCCUCGGGGCCCCCUGCUGACUCCGCCCACGGCCCCGCGGACGGGCUGCUGCGGCUGCAGGCCGAGAACGCCGCGCUGCACAAGAAGCUGAGGGCUCUCCAGGACCGUUUCGACGGGGAGCCGCAGGGGCGCCCGUUGCCACAGAGACGGAUGGACCAGCUGGCACCAAUGGCGUCUCAGAUGUGGCAGGGGGCAGGGCAGGGGCGGGGCCAGAGGGAACCAAUCAGAGGAGGAAAAGGUGAGCACCUGUAG